CGCGCAAAGACUUCUGGGAAACCGAGUCCACCCUGUCAGUAAUUCAAGCUCAUUCCUUUCUCCUCCACCGCUACCAAGAUGCCGGCCGUACAUCACAAACUGCUCCUGGAGGACGCCUUACAGGAUAGUCCUCAGUCUCGCUCUUUGCUCAGUGUGUUUGAGGAAGAUGCAGGGAUGCUGACAGACUACACCAACCAACUACUGCAAUCGAUGCAGCGUGUGUUCGGAGCGCAGAGUGAGAUGGGAUUGGCCACAGAGCAGCUCUCACAGCAGCUUCUGGAAUAUGAAAAGAAAAAUUUUGCCCUUGGAAAAGGUGAUGAAGAGGUAAUCACCACGCUGCAAAACUUUGCAAAAACUGUUGGGGAGCUGAACUCACUCCACUCUGAGCUGGCUAACCAGAUGGCUGACAGCAUGGUCUUCCCUUUGAUCCAGUUUCGAGAGAAAGACCUCACCGAGAUAAGCACGCUGAAGGAAAUAUAUGGCAUCGCUACUGAUGAGCACGAGGCAGCUAUGGUGAAGUACAGUCGACUGCCCAAGAAGAAGGAGAAUGAGAAGCUGAAGGCAGACUUGGUGAAGGAGGUGGCCUACACUCGAAGGAAGCAGCACCAGGCCUCACUGCAGUAUUACUGCGCCCUCAAUGCCCUGCAGUAUCGCAAGAGAGUCGCCAUGCUUGAACCAAUGCUAGGCUACACUCAGGCACAGAUCAGCUUCUUCAAAAAGGGCAUUGAGCUGGUGUCCAAGAAGAUGGACAAUUUUCUUUCUUCUGUGUCCAACAUGACGCAAAAUAUCCAGGCCCAGCUGGACUCAGAAGCAGAGGCCAUGCGUGUGUCCCAGAAGGAGCUUCUCUCUGUGGAGGACACCGUCUACAUGCCAGAUAAGGACACUGAGCCUGUCAAUCGCACACUUAUCCAGAAGGCUGGCUACCUCAACAUUAGGAAUAAAACCGGCCUGGUGACCACAGCUUGGGAUCGACUAUACUUCUUCACGCAGGGAGGUAACCUUAUGUGUCAGCCUCGUGGGGCGGUGGCAGGGGGCAUGGUGCUGGACUUGGACAACAGCUCCGUCAUGGCUGUGGAGUGUGAGGACAGACGCUACUGUUUUCAGAUAACCUCCCCAUCAGGAAAGACGUCAAUGAUCCUACAAGCUGAGAGCAAAAAGGAGUAUGAAGAGUGGAUAUGCACCGUGAAUAACAUCUCCAGACAGAUCUACCUGACUGAUAACCCAGAGGCUGUGGCCAUCCGAUUGAACCAAACUGCAAUCCAGGCAGUUACACCCAUCACUAGCUUUGAAAAGAGACAAGAUGGCUCCCCAAACCCAGACAGAGCAAAGCCAGGAGGUGUUCACACUACCAGCAGUGAUUCCCAGAAAACAGGGGCUGCUCCGGAACCAGAGGAUCUGAUAGCUCCAGGGACGCCAAUUCAGUUUGAUAUCAUGCUGCCAGCAUCCGAGUUUCAGGACCAGAACAGAGGCGGGGGGAGACGCACAAAUCCAUUUGGAGAAACGGAUGAUGACUGUACAGCAGAGAGUGAUGACUCCCUCCUGCAGCAGGUAUUUGCUGUGCGCUUUCUGGGCUCCAUGGCCGUUCGCUGUGGGAACAAUCAGGAAGUGAUCUAUGAAGCCAUGAGACAAGUGCUGGCUGCCCGUGCCAUCCACAAUAUCUUCAGGACCACUGAGUCCCACCUCAUGGUCACCAGCAGUAGCCUCAGGCUGAUUGACCCACAAACCCAAGUUACAAGAAUAAGUUUCCAACUAGAAGAGGUGUGUCAGUUUGCAGCCCACCAAGAAAACCCAAGACUGAUGGGAUACGUAGUUGAGGGAAGAGAUUGGAGUGAUGGAAAUGAGGAGGGAGAGCCCUCGUUUAGCGCUUUUGUCUUUGAGAGCAACACAGAGGGUGAAAAGAUAUGUUACACCAUCAACUUAGCAAAGGAAAUUUCAGAAGCCAAGAAGGACCCAGAAGCCUUGGCCCAGCUCAUGAAAAAUAUGCCUCUGACCAAUGAUGGCAAGUUCCUGCUCCUGGAGCCAGAGACAGGCAACGAAAACAACGGAGCAGGACAAGAGGACCUGGAAUCAGAGGCGUAGUUCCACAAAGGACCCCCACAAACAACAAGACCAGAGCCUCCAGUCUGACAUUUACCCAAAAGGGAAGGCUUGCCCUGGAUACAGAUAUCGUGACCCCUAGCCCUAACUCUGGUACUCUAAUACCAAUACUAGAGCGUAGAUCACUUCCUGUGACCCUGUGCUACUACCAUUUACUGUUCUAAAAGCAACGGACAUUGACUUGGGGUUAGCUGGACCA